AUGAUUGGAACAUUGAAUUCAAAAGUAACAUUCUCGAAAGUAAUUUCCAUCAUGAAUUUGGAGGCCAACCCAACAGAUACAACACCCGACGUAGAUAUUGCGACACCGUCAUCACCGAAAAUAACAACUCCAGUGGGAACACCUUCUCCGGAAGUUCGAACAAAAAUGGAAAAUAGAAAGACAAGUACAUCUUCAAUUACAAGCAAUUCUUCAGGAAAGUCAAAGGCUCGACUUAACAUGAAAUCACGGUUAGGCCGUCGUUCGGAUCAAGUUUCAACCCUAGGAACUGGAGAAGAAGAGGAAGUUGGCAAGGGAUGGCGUAGUCUCAGAAAUGCAGUCAAGGUAACAAAUGCCGUAGCGACCAAGAAAAAGUCUACUGUAACACGAGAGGAUUCAUUUCUCAAAAAAUUCUCAACACGCCAGCCAUAUAGGGAUGAAUCUAUAUGUAAUCCCAUAGAAAACCAUACUGAAAAUGUUAGUAAACAGGAAUCAAAGGAAAAACAUAGGACAGUGUUUCGGAUGGACGGCAAUCUGAUGCUGUAUUGGACUGGUAUAGUCACGGUGGCCGUGAUGUAUAACCUAUGGACAUGCAUUGCACGCGAAGCGUUCCGAGAGAUACAUGAAGAUCACCUGUUUGUAUGGAUUACAUGUGACAUCCUGUGUGAUAUUGUAUAUAUCUUAGAUAUCAUAUGUCAGUUUAGAACGGGAUAUUUGGAUCAAGGCCUGAUGGUAUUUGAUUCUGUGAAACUGGCUAAAAAUUAUGUGUCUACGAAAUAUUUUUAUUUGGACCUUGCCUGUUUAUUUCCUUUGGAUUUUCUACAGUUUAUCAUAGGAAUACAUCCGAUGGUUCGAUUUCCGAGGUUUAUCAAACUCUAUAGAACAUUUAGGUUCUUAUACAUGCUAGAGUCAAGGACAGCUUAUCCAAAUUUCUUUCGAGUUGCCAAUCUUACACAUAUACUUUUCCUAGGGUCCCAUUGGUUUGCUGCUUUUUAUUACCUUAUAUCAGAAGCAGAAGAUUUUAAAGGGGACUGGUCGUACCCUAAACCAAUUGGAGAGUUCUCAUCAGUGACCCGGAAGUAUUUAGCUUCGCUAUUUUGGUCGACCUUGACCUUAACUACGAUAGGUGACCUUCCACCACCAGAAACUAAUUGGGAGUAUGUCUUUGUUAUAGUCAGUUACCUCAUCGGUGUAUUCAUCUUUGCCACGAUUGUUGGACAGGUUGGAAACGUAAUAACAAACCGGAAUGCCAGUCGACAGGAGUUCGAGAGACUUUUAGAUGGUGCUAAGUUAUAUAUGAGGAUGCACAACGUCCCCCCACAGUUACAGAAGAGAGUACAGAGAUGGUAUGACUAUGUAUGGAAACGCGGCCGGAUGAAGGGAUCCGACAUCAAUUCAUUGGGUAUGCUACCUGACAAGUUUAAAACUGAACUGGCUAUUCAUGUUAAUCUUGAGACACUGAAAAAGGUAACCAUAUUUCAAGAGUGUCAGCCCGAGUUUCUACAUGACUUGGUGCUGAAGAUGCGGGCCUACAUCUUCACCCCGGGAGAUUUAAUAUGUCGUCGUGGAGAAGUGGCCCGGGAAAUGUUUAUCAUAGCUGAUGGACUCGUCGAGAUCAUUAGUGAGACAGGGACAGUGUUGACACAAAUGGGAACUGGAGAUUUUUUCGGAGAGAUUGGAAUUCUUAACCUGGACGCCGGUAUCAAUAGGCGAACCGCCGAUGUAAAAUCAGUCGGCUAUUCGGAACUCUUCGGACUCUCGCGGGAAGACGUAUUGGAGGCACUCAAGGAUCACCCCGAGGCUGAGCAAAUAAUCAGAUGCUAUGGACAAAGACGAUUAAAGGAAAUAGAAAAACAUCGCAAACAGACAAAACAAUCAUCUACUGUUAGCGACGGUAAUUUAUCGACGGGGCAUCUUUGGUCGCCAAACUCACCUUGUAAAGGACUUCGAGCAAUUAUAACAGCUUCACAGAAAGCCUCACCAAACAAGCAAGGAGGGUUGCCAGGAAUUCGAAUAUCAAAUUUUGACGAAGAAAAAAACGAAAAAAGAAUGAAUGGGAAAUCGAAGCUUGUUAAUAGCGUAAAACGAUUAGUAGGUAGACGGAGUCAAAGGAAUGAUAAAACACAGCACAGGAAUCAUCAGACAAGCUUGGUACAUCCUGUGGAUACACUCAACAAAAGUCCGAUGUAUCCCGGGUACGAAACAGAGACAAAUCUCUCUUCUAACGUCAGAGGUAAUCCGAAUGGAACUUUAGUUUGUGAAGCUAUUGAGGACAGUCUUGACGGAUCUACACUUGGCUUAAAAAGUCUUCAGGUGAAAAAUGAUUGUUGUAACACGUCCCCGCGUUUUGAUUCUCUUGAACGACUUACAAGAUCUUCAAGUAAACAUCCAAGCGAUUCAUGUCAGAAACACAAAUCAUUUGAAAGUAAUACAUCUGUUGAAAAAGAGGAAUGCGGGAUGUGUUCAAGAAAUAGUUCACAGAAAAACGAGACAGGAGACAGCACGUCUUUGACGAAUGUGAUUAGCGCUGAAUUAAGUACACCCGUUUCAAAUACAACUAACACUUCAAAUCUACUUAUGCAAGGGGAUUCUGCACCACAGCCACCCGUUUCCAUGUCAACUAACAGUCACGAGAGUUGUGCUGACACAGUUACUAACCCUAACAGUGAUACAUCGUCCAGUGGACUGUAUCAACCACCAUAUCGAAAUUACAUCCGGGUCCUCCAAGGUACAUCAAAAUGGCCGGAAUCCUUCACUUUACCUGAUAAUAUAACGGAUAUAGAAGAAGAACACACACCUUGUAAUUCUCCUCGGAUAUUUAAUCGUCGUACAUCUGUUGGUUCUGCCCUUCCUGACAACUCUAGCAAGUGCUGUUGUUACAAAUUACGUCAUCAUCUUCACGAUAUGGAACACAAACUGGGUAACAUGGAAGAGGUUUAUAAAAACAGCUUAAAAAUGCUAAGUGCAAUUUCAGAACAACAAAUUUUAAUGAUGGAAGAAAUAAGCAAAAACAAAUCACUUUCCAUGGAGACAUCAGAAUGUUCAAAUGAACCAGACUUUGAAAGCACACGUUUAUAG